CUCUGGCAAUUCUUAAAAAAGAAUAAGUGAGAAUAAAACCCCAACACAUCAAGACCUAGCAGCUCAGUAUGAUCGUUUUAAGGAUUUUGGCGAAAAUGCACGAAAAACUUACGAACAAUUAUACCGCGAAAUGGUGUUUUCUUUAAAUGCUGCACAUCUGCAGCCAUUUAACAGAGCCCUCUUAAAGAGUGAUGAUCUUCAAAUAAAAAACAUGGAAACUGUAAUUGGACAUAUGCGUCAGAAGCUGUUAGAGAAACUCUUAAAAAAGUGGAAUGAUUUCUGGUUGGGCAGCGGUGUUUCGGAAAGUUUAAUAUCUUUGGAGAUGUACAAAGAAAAAUUUAAAGAAUACGAAGGGAAGGAUUGGAAAAUGUGGAAUAAAUCUCCCAAAGAGCUCACACGACCGAUACGCAUGCAUUUAAAUGGCAAUCGGAUACGUUACUUACAACUUCAGUUGGAUUAUCAAAGGGAACAAUUGGAUCAAGUAUUGCAAGAGAAUGUUGAGCAUCGUAAAAAAUUACAAGAGAUCGCACUGCAGCGUACACAACUUCUGAAAAUUAUGGAGGAAUAUGAAAAAAAAUUUGAAUUGGAUAAACCGGAAAUUUUGCGGUUACAUCUCGAUUUAUUGGAUUUCGGCAACGAAAGUGCGGCAACCUAAAUCGCGAAGAAAUAAAAAUAAUU